AUGGAGGUUUGCUGCACAGACACUUUUGUUGCUUCUGCUGGUAGUAACGUUUCACCACGGCAACAUGGUCGCGCGGCUCCGGCGGAGUUCAACGCGUGGGCCUCAUUCGCCACUCUUCGCUCUAUUCAAAUCAGACUGCCGUGUGUUUUAUUUGAUUGUGUCCGAAUGCUUCCUUACCGUGUUGUAUUGCUGCUACUCAUCUUUACGUUUUUAUGUGUGUUUGGUUGUUCCGUUUUCCAAUUUUUUUUUCUCCUGCGUGUUCUGACGCUCGCUGCCUUUGUGCAUUUCGAUAUUUAUAUGUAG